AGAGUUGUCCUAUAAUGGGUCGGAACGUGCUCAACGUGCACAUAGUCCCGAGCACCCACGGCGAGCUUGGGGACAUGAGGACCUUCUACCAACACUACACCGGUUAUGAUGAUAUUUCUGAGCAGAGUAAAGUCAGUAUGAAGAAUAUCCUGGAUGCUACCAUCACCGCGCUCUGGGCUCACGCGGAGAGAAAAUUCACAUUCUCCGACAUGCCGUAUCUAUUCCAUUGGUGGCAGAACCGAGAUUUAACAGUAAAACGCAUGGUGUACCAGCUGCUCCGACAAGGGAGGCUGUACUUCAACGGUGGUGGAUGGAGUAUGACUGAUGAAGCCACUACCAGCUACCACGCCAUAAUCGACCACUUCACUUACAGUCUCAGGAAAAUCAACGCAACAUUCUUGGAAUGUGGACGUCCACUGGUGACGUGGCAAGCAGACGUGUUUGGUCAUACGAGGGAAUUCGCCUCACUGAUGGCACAGAUGGGAUUCGAUGCCCACUUCAUCAGCCCAAUCAGCUAUGACGAUGAACUAGCGAGAAUGAGGAGCAAGUCUUUGGAGUUUGUUUGGAGAGGCAGUGAUGAUUUGGGGCCUUCAACGGACAUUUAUACCCACAAACUGUUUGACGGCUUCUGGGCUCCUCCGGGGUUCUGCUUCGGCCAAUUCUGCCACGACCCCCUCAUCAUCACAUCAGACAAGACGUUCGCGAACGUUGAAGAGAGGGUGAGGGAGUUCCUGCAGCAGGUCCACGAGCGCCAGAGUCCGUACUACACGACGCGCCACGUGAUGAUCAUGAUGGGGCAGAAGCUGGCCUACUACGACGCGGAGAUCUGGUUCGCUAACAUCGAUAAAUUGAUUGGGAGUGUAAACUCGAGACAAGGGAACAAUAAGCAUGGAAAGGUUUAUCUGUUUUAUUCUACCCCAGCGUGUUACGUGAAGGCAGUCCACGAGGCUAUGCCGAAUUUGUCGACGAAACAGGAUGAUUUCAUUCCCUUAGGCGUGGACAGACAUACGCAUGCGACUGGCAUGUAUACCUCACGCCCUGUCAUCAAGUACCUUGCGAGGGAGACACACUUAUAUGUACAGAUAGCAAAACAACUACAGAUCUUUGCUCAACUUGGCAACAACGACAAGAAAUUUGAAGAAAUCAUGUGGAUUUCAGGGGUUCUACAGGAUCACACGGUGAUCACAGGAGCGAUGCGUCCGAUUGUCGCCGAUUACUACGCGAAGAAGGCGUAUCUAGCCAGAGAGAUAUCUAUGCAGAUGUUCAGACCGGCUUUUAAGAUAUUCAACCACAACAAUAAAAGCGACACACCAAAAAAAGAGUUUACAAGAGAAACAAGCUUUUUGAAAAGAGAGAACAAAUAUUUGCUCGACGACUUACCAGAGUAUGAGUACUUUGAAGAUGUUACUGAAAAGGGGCACUAUAAAGUGCCACUAGCUAAUAGUGCCAGGGCUAAAUAUCUAGAAUUCUACAGUGAUUAUGUUGGUACACAAGCAUCAGUCACCAAUGAGACCGAGGAAGAAAUUAGUACGGAAACCAAAAAGGUUUUAAUGACAACUAGUAGUUGGGUGCCAUUGCGGACUACUACUGCAUUCACGACAUCAACAUCAUCAACCAUAUCUGUAACACGCACUACAACAGAACCGCUUCCCACCACAACCAGACCCACUACAACCGCUACCACCACCACCAAAUCUACCACCACCGUACCCACUACCGAGGCUACCACUACUACCACCGAAGCUACGACUACCACCACCGAAGCUACCACUACCACCACCGAAUCCACUUCUACAACAGAAGAACAAACCGAACCAUUUAUGACCACCAGGCGAUUUGUACCAUUCAACUUCUUUAAAACUACCGAUGAACCUAUAGAGUAUUACGAUUAUGAGACAACUCCCCUACCAGUUGAGAGUACGACCCCCUUUUUCGAUUUCGAAAAGUUUUAUCGAAGAAUGGAGAAGUCUGGGUACCAUAGUAUGGAGUCCAGUGAUAGUUUUAUUCAGAACGAGUACAUCAAAAUAAAUGUGGAUAAGGAUCAGCAACCGCUAAACAUAAUCCUAUCAAAUGGAGUAAACAUUUCAUUUGCAAUACAAAUGUGUUACUACGUAUCAGAUGACCCGGAUAAAAUGGGCACUAAAAAGCGGACCCCCGGAGCCUACAUAUUUCGGCCUAUAGACUCCCAACCGAUUCUAAUAACAGAUCUUUACGAUUCUAAGAUCCUAAAAUCGGAUGUAGUUCAGGAGAUUCAAAUUCGCUUUGCAAGUUAUGCUGGGCUUUCUCUAAGGUUGUACAAAGGUCUUCCUACUAUUGAAAUAGAUUGGAUCGUGGGCCCUAUACCUAAAGCUGAUGGGUUAGGUAAAGAAGUAUUUGUGAGAUAUGUGACGGAUUUGAGUAAUAAAGGGGUUUUCUAUACUGAUUCUAAUGGACGGCAGACUGUGAAGAGGAUUAGGGAUGCAAGGCCUACGUUUUUACCGACGAUUAUAGAUAGUAGCUCUGCGGUUGCUGGAAACGUUUACCCAGUAACAUCAAAGAUCUACAUUGAAGACCAAAGAAGAAACAUCAGACUGUCAAUUUUUACCGACAGAUGUCAGGGCGGGACCUCUUUAAUUGACGGUCAUGUCGAUCUAUUUUUACAUAGACGCAUUCUAACUGACGAUAGUAAAAUGAAAACUUAUUUUAACGAAACUCAACUAGGACAAGCUAUUAUAGUAAGAGGUAAACAACAUUUAUACCUCUCAAAAGCAGAUUACAGACCAAACAAAGUAUUUGAAAAGAAAUUUGCAAAAGAAUUAGAAUUGACACCGAAAGUCUUUGCGUCUAUUCACGAAUCUUAUUUCAACAUAAGCUUAACAAAUUGGAAUAAAAAUAAAAAUGAGUAUUCUGCAUUGAAUUUGAAACUACCAAUCGGUGUACACAUUUUGACACUUGAAAAAUGGCAUGACAAAUACUUAUUAAGGCUAGAAAAUUAUUUAGAAAAGGCUGAUGUAGCUAGGAAUGGUUAUAAAAAAGUGUUUUUAAGAGAAUUGUUUAAAGAUUUUGUUAUUACUGAAGCGAAAGAGACUUUGUUAGCGGGUAACAUGUGGUUAAAAGACUAUUAUCCAAUGCGUUGGCAAAAGGAUAGGUUUGUGAAGAAUUUUAAUGAUGUGUAUGGCAAUUAUACUCGUUUUGAAUUUGCUAAAGAUGAAGAAUAUGAGGUGAAUAGACAGAAUAUUGAUUUAGAUGAGGGUAUAGGUCUUAUGCCGCAGCAAAUAAGGACCUUUGUUGUAAGUUAUGUUCGAAGGUAAAUGUUGAGUAAGCAGAGAUGUAACUUACCUAACGCAAAUUUCCUUCAAGGUAAGCGUCCUCAUGCCGGUAUCACACGCAAUGGAUUUUAGUUUGUCUUGUAUAGAAACUCAUACAACUGCGUCCACUGAUCCGCAUCGUACGGACCGCAUCAUCGGCAAUGCCUACAUGCGAUGCGUACUGAUGACGUCAUACGGAAUGCGUGCGAUGCGGGUCUGUGGAUGCUUACCUUUAGGGUGCAUCAGAGAUGUGCUAUUUAGUUAGGCCGGGACUCCACCAAAGCAGAGAUGUGUGCGGUGUGCUGUGUGCUGUGCGAGAAGAGAUGUUUUUCAGCUCGGGUGCGGGGCGUUGAGUGCUCAGUACGCAUUCUGACACGAAAGGCCGGCGCGCGCGCGGGGUUCUGCGGGUUGCUAGCGGGCGAGAGGGGGGAGGGUGACAUCGCUCACUGCACGCCGCUCACAUCUCUCGUCUCCACUGCGCGUCGUCCGCGCACAGCUCACAUCUCCGCUUCCAUCGCGACAUACAAAUAUUACACAUCUCCGCACAGCGAUCUCCACUGAAGCUGAGCGGAGAGGAGACGUGUCAAUAACUCAAUUCUAUUGGUUGUUUAAAAAACAUCUCCUCUCCGCUCGUCUCGUCUCCGCUUUGGUGGAGUCCCGGCCUUAUGC